GGAGCGGGAGGAGGCGGUGCCAUGUUUCAAGGGCAGCGGGGUUGGUUUUGCGGCAGCGUCAGCGGAGACCUGAGGCAGUUCUGGGUGGCUGAAGGGGGAACGAUAAGUGACCUGAGAGCCGCGGACUACUUGUUCAGUUGUGACGCCUCACACCCAGACACGCUGAGAAUAUAUCAAAGCCUUGAUUACAUAGAAGAUAAUGCUACAGUGUUUCAUGCCUACUAUCUCUCUGCAGUAGCUAAUGCUGAAAUUAAAAACUCAGUGGCUUUAGGUCAUUUCAUUCUUCCUCCUGCAUGCCUUCAAAAAGAAAUAAGAAGAAAAAUUGGUAAUUUUAUUUGGGAACAAGACCAACGUUUUCUAUUAGAAAAGCAUGAUGAAGUAACACCAAAUGAAAUAAAGGCCUUUAGGGAAAGCAGUGAAUUAGCAACAGAUCACAAAAAAGAAUUAUCCACAAGUACUGAGAAGCAUUUUAUAAGGACUCCAGUUGUAGAAAAGCAGAUGUACUUCCCUCUUCAGAAUUAUCCAGUGAACAACAUGGUAACAGGUUAUAUAUCAAUUGAUGCCAUGAAGAAAUUUCUUGGGGAAUUACAUGACUUCAUUCCUGGAAGUUCAGGUUAUUUGGCAUACCAUGUUCAAAAUGAAAUUAACAUGUCUGCUAUAAAGAACAAAUUGAAGAGAAAAUAUUAAGUUAAUAUUGUCCUAUCUGGGCAUUUGUUUUCUAUAAAAUAUUACCAAAGAUGUGCAUAGUUUUAAAUUCUAUCCUUUGGGACAGAGAGAUGGGAAAUGGGGGAGAAUUCUUCUCUUUCUUCCUCAAAAUAUAUCUUCAGGAAAUUCAGAAUCAUUUUGGCUCUGUGUUUUGACAUUUGGGCUGGACUUUUCCCCAGCUUGUAACAUUGUGUGCACAAAUUCUGUGCAUAGUGAAUUAUGCACAUUGUUAUGGAAUAAUUGUCACUGAAACAUUCUUAAUAAGAAGUCUCAAUUUCUCUCUGUGUGUCAGAUGUUCUUUUGGCCUAAAUAUUCUAUUAAUUGCAUAUAUAUUUUUCCUAGGUUUAAUGCUGUGAAUGCUAAGUUUUAUGGUUCUGGCCAUCUUAUUGUGAUUUUAAAAAUUAGAAUGCAAUAGUUAAGUUUUGAAUAACUGUUUCUGACUGCAAAAUAUGUAAAAAAGUAAAAAUAAAACAUUUAAAUAAUACGUGAAGUUUCUUAUAAUAAAUAUAUCAGAAGAGAGUUAAUGUAAACAAGUAUUAGGUCAUCUGAAAUGAACCCACAAAGCUCCUUGGAAUCACAUUGCUGGAAAGGAGGGACCUUAGAGAAUAAUGAGUCCAACCUGGUUUUUUUGUUGUUUUUCAGUUUGUUUGUUUUUUUAACCAACCUGUUUGUUUUUAAUGAGGAAAUGAAGGCCUUAAGAAGGUGGCUUGCUUAGAGUGAUUAAUUGGGGGGCUAAACUGGGACUGGAACACAACCCUCUUGAUUCUCCAGGUUAGUGCUUCCCCACUGUUCCACUUGUUAUAUGCUAUAACUUGUGUCAGAUAUAAUAGCAGAUCUGCAAAAGGGACCCAGAAACAAGCCAGCAGGCUUGGUUUGUCUUUUAAAUAAGUUGAAAUAAUAUGGAGAUUUAGGGUAUCAAAAAGGCAACUUCUUAUAUUUAUUCAUAUACUUAUGCUAUAUAGAAUAUUUAUAAAUAUAAUAUAGAUUUAUUACAUUUUGGAGAUUAAUAAAUGACAUACUAUCUGUGAAGCCAUCAUCUGAUUAAAACUGUACUUUCUCGGAGUUCCC